AUGUCAGGACUACCUCAGGACAUAGAGCAACAAAAUACGCAGUAUAUUCCUCCUGAGGAAACUCGCUAUAUUGCUAAUACGGGUACCACCAAAAGCAGUUCCGGUUCCCUAGAGACUCGUAAUCACUUGAUUGCAGCUUUAGGUGAAUUCUUUGGUACCUUUAUCUUUUUAUGGCCUGCCUUCGUUAUCGCUCAAAUUGCGAACAAUGAUAUUUCUGUCGAUGGGCCUGGUUCUCACCCACCACAAUUGAUGAUGAUCGCUUUAGGAUUCGGUUUUUCUGUCCUAGUGGCGGUGUUUAUCUUUUACAGGGUAUCCGGUGGUAACUUGAAUCCUGCUGUCACUUUGACAUUGGUCUUGGCUGGCGCCGUGCCACCUAUCCGUGGCGCGAUUAUGGUGUUGGCACAAAUGAUUGCUGGUAUCUGUGCGGCUGCAGCAGCUUCGGCUAUGACCCCAGGACCUGUCUUGUUCUCUAAUGCAUUAGGUGGCGGUUGUUCCAAAUCUCGAGGUUUGUUCAUAGAGGCUUUCGGUACUGCCAUCUUAUGUACUACAGUGCUGUUCUUGGCUGUUGAAAAACACAAGGCUACUUUCGUUGCCCCAGUUGGUAUUGGUAUUGCUUUGUUUAUCGCCCACUUGGUGUGUGUCUAUUACACAGGUGCUGGUUUGAACCCUGCCAGAUCAUUUGGACCAGCCAUUGCGAACAGAAGUUUCCCUAACUACCACUGGAUCUACUGGUUAGGUCCAGUUUUCGGUGCCGUUAUUUCAUGGGGUAUCUGGAAGAUUUUCAAGGUUUUGGAGUAUGAAAGCUGUAACCCAGGUCAGGAUGCCGACCAUGAGUGA